UAACUUUAAAAAAAGUUUGGGAUGUUAACUCUAAAAGUAGCCUAUCCGUUUGAUUUCGAUAUCCGAUAUUAUUCUUCUGCAAUUGUUCCAUACAGCCUCCAAAAUCAGAACUCCAUGGAGCUCAAACUCCACUCAUCAAUGGCGUCACUGGCACCCGUUCCCCGCAAAUUAAACACCGUCAUCUCAUCCCAUUCCAAACUCCCACACUUCUCUCCUCCGAAGCCCUCCAAUUGCUCUCUCCCUUCCACUCCUCUAUGCUCCUACGCCGUUCCCGAUUCCAAGAACCCCACCACCAACAGCAACAAGGUCCAACCCCGCCGUAAAAACGCCACCCCUACUGGUCGUUUCGCUCAAAAGACCCAAACUUCACGGAAGGAGAAUCUUCCCAGAGAACCAAAACCCAAACUUGAUAAUACUCAUAAUAGGGUCGACCAGAACCGCCAAAACGCGCUGUUUGAUGCAACCACCCUGAACGUUAAUUUGAUUGAGUUGUGCGAAGAGGGUAAGCUUGCUGAAGCUAUGGAACUCAUGGGUCAAGGUUCUGUUGCUGAUUAUGGUGUUUUUCUCGCCAUGUUGAAUUUGUGCGAGGGUAUGAGGUCGCUUGAGUAUGGGAAAAGGGUUCAUGAGUUCUUGAGAAGAUCGAGGUUUCGAGGGGAGGUGGAAUUGAACAACAGGUUGAUUGGAAUGUAUGGGAAAUGUGGUAACAUGAAUAUUGCACGCAAGGUGUUUGAUCGAAUGCCAGAGAGAAACAUGAGUUCUUGGCACUUGAUGAUCAUUGGAUACACUGAAAAUGGAGCUGGUGAUGAUGCUUUGUUGGUUUUUCAGGAGAUGAAGGAGGCAGGGAUACGGCCUGAGAGUGAAACUUUUGCAUUGGUUUUGGCUGCGUGUGCAAGGGAAGAAGCUGUAGAGGAAGGAUUAUUGCACUUUGAAUCAAUGAAGGAGUAUGGAAUUGUUCCCACCAUGGAUCAUUACAAGGAGGUUAUUAACAUUCUGGGGAAUGCCGGUCAGUUGAAUGAAGCUGAGGAAUUCAUUGAGAGUAAGCCAUUUCAGCCUGAAGAUGACAUUUGGGAGGCUCUUCGAAAUUUUGCUAGGAUUCAUGGAGAUAUGGAUCUUGAGGAUCGUGCGGAGGAGUUGUUGGCAUGUCUCAAUCCUUCAAAGGCCAUUGCUGAUAAGCUUCCAACACCUCCAAGGAAGAAACAGUCUGCAAUUAACAUGCUAGAGGAGAAGAAUAGAGUGGCCGAGUAUCGGUGUGCCGUUCCGUAUAAAGAGGCUGAUGAGAAAUUGAAGGGAUUGAGUGGCCAGAUGAGGGAAGCAGGUUAUGUGCCUGAUACAAGAUAUGUUCUCCAUGACAUUGAUGAGGAAGAAAAAGAGAAGGCCUUGCAAUAUCAUAGCGAGCGAUUGGCCAUUGCUUAUGGUCUAAUCAGCACUCCCCCGAGAACUACACUUCGGAUAAUAAAGAAUCUGCGUAUUUGUGGUGACUGCCACAAUGCAAUCAAAAUCAUGUCCAAGAUCGUCGGACGGGAGCUUAUUGUCAGGGAUAACAAACGAUUCCAUCAUUUUAGAGAUGGAAAAUGCUCAUGCGGAGAUUAUUGGUAGAGUUACUACUCAAGUGUAGAUACUCUGGUGCUGUCUUAUUAGAUUGUUUCUACCAAAAUGUGUAGGGUUUCAAAUCCAUUAUCAAACAGAUAAAAUAUUCAAAUCUUUUUGUUUCA